AUGAUGAGGUCACUGAGCCGACAGGUUCGCCAGCUACGUUCACAUAUGUCGACGACUGCCACAACAACGGUGAAACAAGCUAUCGAUGCGACGGAGUUUGCGCAACGCCGUGCGAAUUUGGUCACAAAAUUACGACGUGCUACUCCGGGAAGUCGCGCGAAACCGCUUGCCGUGGUGAUGAGGUCAGCGACGCGGCAAUUCUCGGCUCCGGAUGUGCCCUAUCCGUUUCGUCAAUGUUCCUACUUCAGAUAUUUCACGGGUCUCACUCAGCCCGAUGCUGUACUCCUGAUCGUUGCAGAACGCAGAUCCAAGCCAAUCUCAGUGCUCUACAUCGAAGAGCGUACGGAAAAGCAGGAACUGUGGGAGGGACCGGCGCUAAGUGCCAGUGAAAUUGCGGAUAUCUGUGCGGUGGAAGAAAUCAAGGGACGGAAUCAGCUGAUGCUCGAUCUGCAAAUGCUGAUUUGCGGUGCUGUCAUUGUAUCAUACGACGACACAACCCUGAACGCCGUAAGGGAUGGUCUUCCGGAGGUAGCCAUUGAAAGCUUUUCAAUAAUUGAUUGGUCUUGGUGAAA